AUGCAGUCGGGAAUCUCAGUCUCCUCGGAGCUGCACGAUGCAUUCAACCGCUUCAGCUCCGACUCCUCGGCCUUCUGCUUGCCGGUAACCAUCUCUUCAGAAAGCCUGACCCCGCUCGAUUCGAUCUCCUUCUCCAGCAGCUCCUCGCCCAGCGACGCCUUCUUCUCGUCCCUCCCGCAGCUUUCCUCGACGCUGCAGCCCAAGACCCCAAUCUACCUCUUGCUCCGCCGCCCGACGUCUGCGUCGUCCUCGUUGGUCGCUCUCACCUAUAUCCCGUCCAACGCACCGGUGCGUUCAAAGACGCUGUUUGCGUCAACCCGCGCAACGCUGGUCCGCGAGCUGGGCGCGGAGAAGUUCGCUUCUACGGCGUUUGCUACGGAAGAGGAUGAGGUCGUUGGUCAGGACGCCUGGCGGGAGCGCGAUGGGGGAGUACCGGAGCUCAUGGGGGAUAAGGAGCGCGAGCUCGAGGCUGUGCGGCGGGCUGAGGCCGAGGCUCGGAAUGGGACGCCCAGUCGAGACAUUGGCAUUGGGGGCACAUUUACUCGUGGCCUUGGGCCGGGCUCCGGGUCGGGAAUGAAGGUGUCCAUGCCCGUUGACGAUGCUGCCAAGACGGCUCUCAAGGAAAUACAGGAGGGAGGUCUGGUGCAGUUGACAAUUGAUAUCCCCACGGAGACCAUUAAGUUGGUCGACUCCCAAUCCGGGGUCGAUGCAGCCGCCGUCGCCACACACAUCUCCCCGUCUUCGCCGCGGUAUUCGUUCUAUCAUUACCCCAGCUCAGACGUCGUCGUAUUCGUCUAUACUUGUCCUUCGGGUUCGUCGAUCAAGGAACGCAUGCUGCACGCCAGCUCGCGGAGAAAUGCCAUCACGGUUGGCGAACAAGAAGGACUGAAGAUCUCGAAGAAGAUCGAAGCGUCGGGCCCGGAUGAAAUCACCGGGGAAAGGUUGCACGAGGAAGUCCACCCGCCACAAGACCAAGGCCCUUCCCGGGGAUUCGCGCGACCAAGACGCCCCGGCCGGUGA